AUGGCGGGGUCCGUGGGUUGCGACCGCGCCUUGGAAGCAACCGCGGGGAGCGCUCAGCUUGUUGCGCAGCCAAACCUCGAGCCUGCGCCUCCGUGUUCCCAAGUGCAGGCUCGUCCUGCUGCGUCGGCGCCCGUGCGCCGUCUUGAGCGCGGGUUGUCUCUUCCGCUGCGCGGAGCGGAUCGUUACGCGUCUCCUGAGCAAUCCCGUGCUCCCCUAGUCGUCGCGUUGAAUGCCUUGCCGGCGCGUCAGGAGCGGGGCCGGUCCCCGCAGCGUCGUGGAUAUCGACCCGCGUCCCCUGCGCGUCGCGCCCCCAAGCCGCAUGACUCUCGGCGGCGAUGGGACGAAUAUCAGCGGGAAAUUCAGCAUCGCGACCGCCGCUACCGCUCUCCUGAGAGGUCGCCGGAGAAGCGCUCCCCGCGGGAGCGGUCCCCUCCGCAGCGGACGCCGCGGCCGUCGCCUCCGCGUCGGGGCCGCGGGGCUCAUGCGGGCCGUUGGGAUUCUCGCCGCCGUGAGCAGUCCCCGCCCCGUCCUCAGUCGGCUGGGUCUGGAGGGCGUCGUGAGCGGCAGAAUGGUUAUGCGCGCGGCGGGGGUAGUCGUGGCCAGGGCUCCACUGCUGACCGCGCGGGGAAUAUGGUGGCGGAUGCAGUGCGGGAGGUGGAAGCGUCGGGGGCAGCGGCUCACGUUCACGUGUCUGUGACCACUGAGCUCCCCACCGCACCUGUUGCGGUUGAAGCCGCUCCGCUGCGCGCUCCGACCUUGCGGGAGUAUCUGCCAGCUGCAGCGUCGAGGGGGCUGUUCCGCGGACGCCGCCAAGCCCCAGGUUACCCUGCUCCUCAGAAUACGGUUGGCCAGACUCCGGGCCAGGUGGCGAUGUUUCUGCCGCGCGGAGUUCCGACUGCGCCUCUCCCCAGCCGCGUGGGGAGAGAUCCCACGCUGAGCAUGUACCGGAUGUGGAAUUUGGCGGGGGCGGCUGAGGGGCUGGCGAGCCUGCAGCUGGCGGCGUGUGAGGCCAUGCGUCACACACCGAGCAAUUUUGCUCAAGGGCCCCAAGGACAAUGCGUCGCUUGGGCAGGAGAGAUUGUCCCCCUUUUAUCGCCCGUGUCGGAUGCGCCCGCCGGGCACAGGACCCCUGUUGACACUCUUCGCUUCUCGGCGGAGCUUCUCAACUCGAUGGCGAGGUGUCUUCUCGCGAUGCUUGAGGCGGAGGGGGCUGGCCUGUACACGGAGUAG